UCCUGUUCAAACCCCAUGAUAUCUUCAUGGUUUUAUACGAGGGAAAACUUGAACUCUAGAGAUCCUGGGUAUUUUUUUUGUAAAACUGUAUUUGGUAAAUAUGCACUAUUCAACAUAAUAGCUAUUAAUAGAGUUGUAAUUUUUUUUAAUAGGGAUGUAGUGCUCACAAGCCAUCGUGAUUAUAAAGACUACAGAGAUACUAUACUAAGCAGGCCACUGGUAUUCUUCACAAAUGUGAAAAUAAAACCGGAUUCCCCAAAUGAAAAAACAUAUGCCUUUCUUGUGAACACUCGACAUCCCAAGAUAAGAAGACAGAUAGAGCAUGGUAUGGACAACGUAAUAUCCUCAGUGUUUGGAGAAAGUUAUAAACUUCGGUUUGAUUUCCAGGAGGUUGUCAAGAGCUUUUUUCCUCCAGGAAGCCACUUAGUUAAUGGAGAUGCCUUGAGCUUUUCCUUUGAGUUCAAAUCGGAUGCCCUGUUUGAUUUCUUUUAUUGGUUUGGAAUCAGCAAAAGCACUGUUGCAGUGAAUGGGAAAAUUCUGAAUUUGUCCAGCACCAACCCAGAAAAGAAGGAAAUAAUCACAAUGUUUCUUGAAAAAAUGAGUGAGCCACAUGCCCGCUUGAGCAACAGCUUUUCAGACAGAAAAUUUAGUGUUACCUCAAGAGGUUCAAUAGAUGAUGUUUUUAACUGCAGUCUGACACCACAACAAUCUUUAACAGAGCCCCCUAUGACUGUCUGGUCAACAGCAGCAGUUCAAGAAUUAGAAGAAAGAUCAGCAAAAAUAGUGAGAUUUAUAUAAACAUCAAAACCUUUUCAGCUGAAAAAUCACAUGCACAGCAGUGCAUUGAUGGGAGAGGAACUUCCUGAGAUGAGAGGAAUGGUGCAAGGGGAAGAUUUUUCUUUUUCUAUUUUUUUCUCCUCUCAGAUGUGAAAAAGUGGGGACUCUAUUCAGUUCUUUAUUCUUUCUUCCCACCAUCCUCCUUUUGAGAUUUUUUUUUUUUGAGGUGGACAUCUCAAUAGGAAGCAGAGUUAUCAGUGAGGUAGCAUAUGGCUUCUCUUUUCCUCAUCCCACAAUAUCAGGUCUGUUUCCUGAACACUACAAACCAUUCCUUUUUUGAACACAGAACUCUCCUGUGACAGUUGCUCCACUUUAUUUUCUUAAACCCAGAUGGAGAGAUGAUUAGCACAGAUCUCAUGAGGAUUUAGCAAUAUAAAACUGGGUUUCAAAUUUUGGGGCAGGGAAUUGUCAUUUCUAGAGUAUUCCAACAAAUAGACCCAAGUUAGGCCCUAUCUUUGCUGGCUGUGGAUCUGUUUCAGCAAUUUUUGCUGCAGCUUUUGAACUAUCUUACAGCAAAUUGUGAACUAUGAGCAAACUGUAUUAAGCACACAUUUUAAAAUUAAAAACCUAUGAAUUGGAUCCCUUUCCACAGAAACUAGACUAAGUUAUAAAUUAGUUGCGAUCUUUUUUUUGAUCUAUGCUUGAAUGUGUGUUUUUUUUCCCUUUUCUUGCAUAAAACAGCAUGUUUAUGCCAGUGGGAAACGGGGGACUAAGAAGGCUGCUCACGACCUAGUAGCUGGGAAUUGUGUUCACAGUAAAUUUCUUUUUGUUUUGUUGUUUUUCCCCCGUUCAGAGUGUGUGUGUGUGUGUGUGUGUGUGUGUGUGUGUGUGAAAUGCAGGCCCUAAAUUGAAGCGGUGGGUUUUAAAAAAACACUGCUUCAAAUUAGAGCUGAUUAAAACCCCCAUGUCAUGCAUACACCCCGCUGACUUACCUGCCUCUCUGGCGGAGAGGGGAGGGCGAACUGCUGGUGGGUGGAGCAGUACCCACGCUGUGGAGGGGGCUGGUGUUUCUCUCUAAAGCAGCGGCAGCCCCCCACCAGGUGGCACCCAGCUUAGGCCGUUCCGGGGGGGCACUGUAGCCGCAGAAGGAAGCACUGGGCCCCCGCGCAGCUUAGGCAAGCAGGUAGGCAGGCUCCGGAGUUGGGGGUGGAAAUCGAGCUCAUCACUUCUUGGGUAGAGCCUGCUUUCCUGGGCUGCUGUCAGGCUGCCUGCAUGGGCUUCCUGCAGGGCUGCAUGGAGCCUGGUGCUUCACUUCACAGCUGUAGGGGCAGCAAACUAGAACUCCUUCAAGGAGUUUUAGUUUGCUGCACCCCAACUCAUUUAAGGCUCAUUACACAGCUGUAUUUCCUACAGCAGCUGGAAUCAAUACGCCGCUGAGGCAUGCAAAAACCAACACCAUUAAAGCGGUGCCCGCUUGAAAGUGACAUGUCCCUCGUUUUGUCUACACAUGGCCUAUGAUCCAAUUCUUGGUCUAAGGAAGAUUCCCACCCUCUCCCACACUCCCACCUAGGGAGGAAAAAAAAAAAGAGUCUUGUGGUUAAGACUAGGGACUAAGAAUCCUAGCCAUUCCACAUGCUUCCAUAAGAUAUUGAUCCAAGUAAUUUCACCUCCUUAUGCCUUCAUUUAUAAAACUAUAAAAUUGGAAUGAUAUUUAAUCUACCUCACGGGAGCAUUGUGAGGCUUUAUCCAUUAAUGUUUGUAAAGCACUUUUGGAGUUUCGUAAAAGAGGUGCUAAAUAAAUGCAGUGUUACUGUACUUUUUUUUUUUUUUUUUUUUAACUUGGGUUCAUGCCAAUAACCAGAUUGGAGGUAGUUGCAGUCUUCAACUACAAGUUAUUCAUGCUGAUACAGUCGGCUAGUUUGCAACAACUUUGAACUUCAUCACUGUUACUUACAUCAUUAAUAAAACACUUUGUGGUUUAUUUGCCACUUAUUCGUUACAGUAUUCCAUGACUAAAAUAUAUUCUAAACAAAAGACCAGUCAAUAUAAUAUUUUUUCCAAAGGAGGUGUUAAUACAAAAUGGGACUGCAUGUUCACUUUAGCUUUAAUAGGCUGAGAUUUUUAGCUGUAAUUUUUUUGUUUGACUUUUGUUUUGAGAGCUAAUCUAACUUUCUUUUCUAGUAGCUUUUAAAGUGUUAAAUCAGUCUUGAGGAUUCUUCUUCACAACUUUUAACCCAGCUAUUGUUGUUAAUGCUAUUUGAGCCACAUAUCUUCUUCAUUGAAUGACUGAUCAGUAAGAACUGGUUGAGUUGCUGAGAGAGAGUACAUCUUGCACCUGUGUCUAGCAACGCUGACAUUCUUGAUGAUUUGGCAGGAAAUCUAAAAUGUUAAAAUAAUCUAUAGACCAAGGGGCAUAUAGAGAUUGCAAGUACUGUGGUCAUUUAAGAAUUAUAGUAAUGAUAAAAAUAAACUCCAUGGCAGAGAUCCAUAAGGUAACUUUUCAGGAAACUUUUUGGAGGAGAACUGUGUCAAUAGCAAUCAUCCAGCCUAUAUUUUGCAUAAUGUAUAUUUACUUUGAAAAAAUGGGACUUUGAAAACCUUUUGUGUGUUUGUUAUGCAUUUGCAUGAAAACAGCAGUUUGCCACAGUUACUUUUCUUAACUUUUUUUUUUAUACAAAUAGUAUUUUGAGUACAGCUGACUCUUAAAAUACCACGUUAUGUAAUAAUGUACUGGUGCUGUUGAAGUUCUAAAGUAUUUUACUAUUUCUGAUUUUAUGUGAGUAUAAUAUACCCAUAUACAUAAAAUAAUUUGACAUUCUUAUCUGUUGAGGACUGUGCAUAUUUUCUGAAAAUAUCUUAAACUUGCACAUUCAGAAAACAUAGCCUUAUAUGCUGGGUGUGAAAUAACACUUAAUACUGAAUUUAUACACUAGUGGAAUCUCCCUAGAGAGACUAGCCAUCUUGCCUUGUAAAUGAAUUUUAGACGUACUUUCCCAGCGCUACGUUUUAUAGGACCAAACAAAUUGUAUGUAAAUAUUUUUUACUUCUGUUUUAAGGACCUUGCACAUUAAAACAUAAAAGUAAAUUUUUUUCAUAUGCAGGCAAAUAUUGUAACACCUAUUUUACCUUUUCCAUAUUUUCAUCUUUUAAAAAAGCCAACAAACCUCAAAGAUUUUCUACUGAAGUUAAAAAGAGUAGGAUCACACACAUCACAAGUACACCUAUAGUAAUGUUAAAAAAUAAUUGAUACAAAGACUUUUUCUAAAAAGCUUUGGAGAAUAACUGAUUUUUCUUUCUGUUUGUAUAGAUAUGAUACACAUCUCUUUUGUACAUUUGUCUUUUAUGAAUCAUUAAAAGGAAGACUUUUAGAAACUGA